AUGUGUUGGUACAAGCGAUUCCGCUGGGGCUGCGGCUGCACCCAAGGGAUCAUGCUCUGGAACCGCUGCGUCCACCGCGGCACGCCACAAUGCCGGCGGCGCCACCUCCUCGAGCGCUACCACGUGUCGCGCUACUGUCAACGGCACCACCUCGAGGCGCUUCGCUUUGCGGCCGAGGCCGCCAGGUAUGAGCGCUCCCCCACCGCUAUGAGCCACACCACUACCGCGUCGGACAAGACCAGCACCGCUACCACUACCGGCACCGUCACCGCCAACAACACCGCGGCCGCUUCUCCCAACAAUUCCCAACAACUCCACCACCAACUCCAUUACCAACUCCAACACCACCACCACCAACAACGAGAACAACCCCCCCUCCACCGAAAACCAACCCCGCCUCCGCCACCCCCACCAACCCACGCGGCAGCGGCAUCGGGCGCAACAACGCCCCGCAGCCAACUUCGGGGCCAUGGUAUCGGGAGCUGUACUAGCCGUGGUGGUGGUGGCCGACGAGGCAACCGCGGAGACCGCAGCAGCAGUCGUAGCGGUGGGGGUGCUGGGGAUAGUGGGGGUGUUAGACGGCGCGGUGGGAUAAUCAAGGUAGCUUGGUGUCCCUCUUGCUCUUGCUUCGUUUGUAUCGUCGUGGAACUGGGCACAGGGACAUGUCUGACCAACGCCAAAAUCUCUUCCUCACAUCCCGAGCAGAGCCCGAGAAAGCAACGAAAAGAAGGAAAAGGCCGGUCAGACUUCCAUCGACACCCACCCCGCCCGAGCGCCCGAAGGCAAGACCUCGAAAAGGCGGGGUACAGAUCAUCGCCACUCUCUAUACAGUCGCGGCCCAAAAGCCAGCGACCGCCGCCUUUGCAGGCAGAUCGAGAGUAA